AUGAAACUAAGUCGUCAUAUUAUUUUUCAAUGGCUACACGCCUUUCCGCAUCAUUUAUUCAAGGCAGACUCUGAAGCACGACUUCAUUUAUCUAGAAUUGUACCACGUAGAAUCGAUGAACAACCAAGCAAAUAUAGUGUAUAUCAAGCAAUCAGUGAAGUCAUAUUUUUCUUGGCAACGGAUGGUGAAUUAAGAAAAAAUGAACGAGUUGCUUUUAUUAAUUGUGUCGAAAAACCAUUUAUAUUUUUUCCGAAUUGGUUCAAUUUCUUAUUAUUUGGAUAUUAUUUAAAACGAAAAAUUCUACAAAGUUAUUACACACUACUUCAAGCAUUUGCACGACAUAUUGAUGGACCAGAAUUACGUGCUACAUUUACUGCAGCCGAUAAUCAAAAAUCAAAAUCUGAAGUAUUAAAAUUAAUUACUAUCGUAUUUUAUGUUGCAGGAAGUAUUCAUUUGCGAUUAUUGGGUCAAGGUGAUAGAAUCAUGUCUUAUAGUGAAGUUCGUUAUAUUACCCGAACUAUUGCCAUACAGCCAACAGAAGAUUACAUGUAUGUUGGUAUUGGUUCAGCUUCAAAUAUUGAUAUUGAAUCGUUACUAUUAGGAUCUAUUCAAGUUGCUAAUUUUGAUGGAACUAAUCAAAAAACCUUUGUCACUGGCCUAAGAAAUGCUGUCGGUCUAGCAUUUUACCCGAUACCACAUGAUCUAUGUGCUUCAUGUCAAGAACGUGAUGAAUUUGCUGACGAUCUUGUACCUGAUUUUUUUUAUACAUGCGUCAGAACAUAG